AUGGCUUGCCAGGGCUGGCAACACCAGAUCGGCUUGACCACCAAGGCGUACUCCCUCGGAAUCGAGGACCGAAAGAUGGUGGAUAAAGUAUUCGAUGAUAUGCAACGCGAUGGGAAGCCAGACCGUCAGAAGAUUCUGGGCGAACUGAAACCGAUUGUCAGACCCAGCAUCCCGUUCCAUACGAUCUUGACAGACAAGUUUAGCAAAAAGACCAUCUUGAUUCCUGACCAUUCCACAUAUGGCGCCGAGGAAUGGGCCACCGUCUUCCACCGGAUCUUAAUGUUCGUCGAUUGGGGCCUCCCCGCCAAGAUCAUAACAGACCGAGACUGA